CAGGACCCAGCAGGAUGGGGGCGCAGGCUUCAAGCCCUUUGGACAGGCGGCAACGCGAGCAUCUGCGGGGCCGAGUGGCCUCGCUGCUGGACGCCUUCCUGCCCUGUUACCGCGCGCAGCUGGCAGUGUCCGUGCUGCGGCGGAUCUCGCUGGAGCUGCGCCCCCAGGAGCCCUCGGGACCCCAGCUGAGCCGCAGCAAGAAGCUGCCCCGAGUGCGUGAGCACCGUGGCCCCCUCGCCCAGCUGUGGGGCCACCCUCCACGGUGGCAGCCGGUGUUCUGUGUGCUGCGUGGGGACGGCCGGUUGGAGUGGUUCAGCCGCCAGGAGGACUUUGAGUCCGGGCAGCGUCCCCUGGGUGCAGUGGCCCUCACGGGCUACAGGCUACUGACCUCGCAGCGCGACUAUCUGCAUCUCCUCGAAGGACUGACGCCUGAGUGUGUCUCACUCCCCGCAGACCCUGAGCAGCUCCCAGAGGCACGAGCGUGCUCCCCGCUCCUCCUACAGCACCCCUUCCGCCAGCACCUCUGCUUCUCCGCGCCGUCCACCGAGGCGCAGCGCGCCUGGAGCCUAGCUCUUCAGGGUGGUAUCCGGCUUCGGGGCACAGUCCUGCAGCGCAGCCGCGACCCGGCGGCCCGGGCCUUCCUGGACGCCGUGCGGUUCUACCGGCGGCAGCGUGGCCACUUCGGGGAUGACGACGCGACUCUGGGCUCGGACGCUGAGGUGCUGAGCGCAGUGCUGCUGCGGGAGCCGCUGCCCGCGUGGACCCGGACCCGGACUGCGAGAGAGGACGCCGCCGCGCGCGGGACUUGGGCGCCAGACGAGCUCCGGGAAGCCAUCUACUGCGUGGUCCUGGCCUCCGCCUCCGCGGGGCUCCGCGCCUUCCAGCCCGAGAAGGACGAGCUGCUUUCCGCGCUGGAAAGGACCCUGCGCCCGGACCUGGAGCACACGCUGCAGCUGCGAACACGCGCGGCGGGCGGGCUGCGGGCGGACGUUCAGGUCCGGCUGGAGACCUGCCUACAGCGGAGCGUGGACCCGCAGUUGCCUCAGCUUGCGCGGACGCUGCUGAGCACUGUGGAGGCCACGCUAGGUGCCGUGCAGACCCUGCUGGCUCGGGGCGUGGACCGCGUGUGUGGCCGCCUGCGUGGGAGCCCAAGGGGCUCUCGACUGCGAGGGGCGGUGCACUGGUUGGGGGAGCUGCCCUGGGACCCUGAGCUCAUGCACUUCUGCUACCGCGAGGCUGAGUGUGGCCGGGGGCGCCUGGAGCAGCUGGUGGCUCCAUUCGGUUUCCUGGGGACUCAGACCCUAGUGUUCGGGGCACAGGACCUCGCCCAGCAGCUCACUGCCGACGCGGUGGCCACCUUCCUGCAGCUGGCUGACCAGAGUCUCACUUCCACCCUCGACUGCGACCAGGCGGCCCAGCAGCUGGAGAAAGUCUGGGGGCGCGUGCUGAAGAAGCUGUCAGCGGACGGCACGGCGGCGCGGAGUGAGUUUGUACGGGGCUGGCUACUACGCGUCCUCCUGCCCUUCCUGCUGCGCUGGCUGGAGCCCAGCGGCCAAGCGGAGCUGCCCGAGCUUGACGUGGGUGACCUUGUCACAGGCAGCCAGGCCCUGACCACUUGGGGCAUACUGGAGGAUGUCAUCCGUGGGAUCCUGCUGCAGAGGAUCAACCGAGAGUUGCGGGAGGCCCUGGGUAGGAGUGACGUGUCCUGCACUCUGGUGGGGCACUCAGAGCUUCCCUGGGACCUGGAGGCAGCAGAUGCUCACCCUUUCCUGUGAAGCUGUUGCUGCUUCAUCCUGGAGGACCGAGCCUUUGGUAUGUGCCACUUGCUGCCAAGGCUGAGGUUUCAGCGCCCUUCUGAACCCUUUACAGAGGGGAAAACUGAGGCUUAGGUCCAUAGUGGCCCCAUGCAGCUGCCCCAUUCUGGCCUCAUCAAGGGCCAUCUGCUGGCACCCUCAUCACCCUCACUGUGGAUCUCCUGUCUCAACCUCCGGCACUGAGGUUGUGUGUCCCUUGCGUUGCUUACAUUUUGAAUUGAUGAUUAAAUUGAACUUCAAGAGUCA